CUACCUCUACCUUCUUAUUCGUGCCUAUAUAAAUAGGGUUGGUAGCGUCCAAAACGAGUCUUUCGUCACAAUUCACGUCAUGUAUUCCAACGCCAAACACGUCGCCCCUACGGCGGUCCUGAUCCUAAUCCUGUGCGUUUUGAGCACGGACCAAACUCUGUUUUCCCGGAAGAAGUCAAGUACACCCGUUUCACCUGCAGUCGAUAAUGUUGCCCAACAAUCAAAGCCAGUUCCACAAAAAGAAAAAUCACAUUGGUGGCAAAUGAAGUUUAAGCCAGCAGAAUCUAGUGACAAUUUUGUACCAAAUCAAGCGGCCGUACCUAUACCUGUACACCAAAAGUUGCAAUCUAUCUUUGAAACUCAUUUAAAUUCCGACGUGAAAUGGGUACCGUGCCUGUGCCCAGUGCGUAAGGGUGAAAAUGCUAAACAUCAUCAUCAACAACAACAGCCACAGCCACAACAACAACAACAACAACAACAAAAAUACGGGACUUCGUAUUACUCUUCGACCACGGCCCAAACACCAUCCGACUUCUCCAACAACGACGUGCCACGUUUUAUAUUCUCAAAUUAUCCAAUUGAGACUUGAAAAAAUGUUUUUUUCACGUUGUACCUUAUAAUCAUUUAAUUUAUUUUAAUUAAAGCAUUAAAUUAUAUUUA